AGAUGGAGACGAAACGGCACGCAGAUUCGUGGAAAUAGCAGCACCGCUGGGUGGCACAAAAGGCUCGAGUCUAUCAGUCUGAGAAUCAGUUUCAAGAGUACGCGAUCGAGUUGACGAAGAAACGUAGGUAAGCAAGUACAUGGCUCUUGGCUCGAACAACGAUGGCUUCGCAGACCGAUGAUCCAUAUCUGGAAACUGCUGCCGAUCCUACUGCCAACACGAGUAAAGGAACAAGAACAGACGGAUUUGGCAAAUUGCUGAUACGAUUUCUCUCAAUCUACUGGAGAUCGUUCGUGAUCGCACUAUGGCCACUGAUUCUGUUACCUAUCGUCGUCGUCGAUACUACCGAGGUAAUAGCGACGCGAUGCUUGUACGUGGUUGGUUUGAUGGCAAUGUUUUGGAUGACCGAGGUGCUCCCCUUACCAAUCACAGGUUUAAUUCCUGUCGUCCUCUAUCCACUGAUGGGCAUAAUGAAUACCGCCGACACCUGCACCUGUUACAUGAACGACACUACGAUGAUGUUUAUCGGUAGCAUGGUGAUUGCAAUCGUUAUCGAAAACUCCGGCCUGCAUAUGCGCAUCGCGCUAUUAAUCAUCAAAGUGAUCGGCUGCAGCCAUCGAAGCCGCGUAGCCACGGAUAGAUAUUAUGUUACAUAUUAUGUAAAACGUGCAUAUCGUACAAUGUCUAGGCUAACGUUGGGCUUGUUCUGCGUGACCAUGUUUCUCUCCAUGUGGAUUUCAAAUACCGCUGCUACCACCAUGAUGUUACCCAUAGUCGAGACCGUUCUGUUGGAGCUCGAAGCAGUAAGUAAGCGAUUAAAUAUUCGCUCAAAUCGUAAUAUUUCGACUUUCCACUCAUUCGAUGAAUUUCAUGCCCUUUCCUUUGCACUUUCACAGCAAGGUUUGGGUAACAUGUUCGAUCAGGAGGAGAACAGCUGCGGCGAAGAGGGAACAGCCGAACCGACAAAGAAACCGACUCAUACCACCAUGGUUUAUUAUCUCGUGACGGCAUACGCUUCUAGUCUGGGUGGCAUUGGCACGUUGGUCGGGACAGGCACCAACUUGACGUUAAAAGGAUUCUUUGAGAAGCGAUUCCCAAACAGUUCGGGUAUCAGUCUGGCAUCUUGGAUGCUUUACUCUGUUCCACCGAUGCUUCUCAUGGGUUUCCUCACGUGGCUUUGGCUUCAAGUUAUGUACAUGGGAAUGUUCAGACCGGACAGCAAAGAUGCACGAGCCAUUAAUAUUGGGCUGCAAGGAGAGAAAGUUGCAGCAACUGUGAUUGAGAAAAAAUACAAGGAACUCGGUCCAAUUACGUGGCACGAGUCCGCUGUUGGCAUUCUUUUCUUUACAGUUGUACUCCUGUGGUUCUUUAGAAAUCCUGGAUUCAUAGACGGCUGGCCAAGUUAUCUUACCAAUUUACACGUGAAAGAUUCGACAGCGGCCGCUUGCGUCACCAUUCUUUUCUUUGUACUGCCGUCCAAACUAGAUUUCCUCCGAGCGUUUGACUCGGAUCCGAUUAAUCGUCCAACCAAACCGUCGCCGGGCAUGAUUAGUUGGAAAAUGAUCAAUCAGAAGAUGCAUUGGAGUUUGAUCCUAGUUUUGGGUGGUGGAUUUGCCAUUUCAGCUGGAAGCACCAGUUCCAACCUUUCCUCUAUCGUUGGAAAUGCUCUUGUUGCUUUAAAAUUAAUACAUCCAUUUGCAAUAUUGGUCAUUGUAUGUGUGUUUGCGGAAACUGUGACAGAACUGACAUCUAACGUCGCAGUUGCAAACAUUAUCUUGCCAGUUUUGGCAGAGAUGUGCGUCGCUUUACGGAUACAUCCACUCUUCUUGAUGAUGCCAGCUUCUCUGUGUUGCUCUUUCUCGUUUCACUUGCCAGUAGGCACACCGCCAAAUGCAAUCGCUACCGCAGCAGGUCACAUAAAAACUAGAGAUAUCGCGAUAGCUGGAAUAGGACCUACCGUUAUAACGCUUCUAGUUACAACAAUUGCAUUUUCUACUUGGGGCACGUAUAUUUUUAACUUGUCCGAGUUUCCUCACUGGGCAAUUUAACGCUGCACUUGUGCGUUCAGUUACAACUUACAUACAUCAUUUUCAUUCGAUCAACACUUUGAACACUUUGAACAUUUUGAAAUGUCAAACACGAGUAGUUGGUUUAUACUGUCAUCGAGUAGCGUAUGAACUAACUGGAAGGUUAUAAAUACCGUUUGACAAAAAUAUCAAAUCUACCGGAGUAACAAGAAACAUUACUCACGUAACAGCUAAUUUGUCUAGCUGAAUACGUCAAAUGUAUAAUUUUCAUAACAAUACGAGAAACGAAAGAUACGACCCAAAAAUAAAAUAAAUAAGAGUAAAUGGUGGACUUACCAUCCACAGCUGUGUCAUAACCUA